AUGGCUCCUCUCAUCCGUUCCACUUUUCCUCUUCUCGUGAUCCUUUUUAUCGUUACUCCAUGCACCGCGUUAUCCACUUCACCUGGUGCCGCCUCCGGGGCUAGCCAUGACCUGGCGAUGCUCGACAGGUUCCACCGUUGGAUGUCGAAGAACGGUCGUGCGUACCCUAGUGCUGCCGAGAAGCUGCACCGGUUUGAGGUGUACCGCCGCAAUGUGGACUUCAUCGACGCAUCCAACAGGGAUGCCGAGAGGCUCGGCUACGAGCUCGGAGAGAAUGAGUUCACCGAUCUCACCAACAAGGAGUUCAUGGCUCGGUAUGCCGGGGGCGUGUAUAGUGACCCCGGUGUUGGUGGUGGGCUCAUCACUACUCUGGCCGGAGAUGUUACAGAGGGGGUGGUAUCGUCCGAGAUCCUCAUCCACGAUGAUGGUAAUUUGACGAUAGCUUCCGAUCUUCCGCGGCAAUUUGAUUGGAGGGAACAUGGCGUGGUCACACCAGCUAAGCAACAAGGGAAAUGCGGAUGCUGCUGGGCGUUCUCUGCGGCAGCGACGGUGGAGAGCCUUCACAAAAUAAAGGGCGGGGAGCUGGUCGACCUGUCCGUGCAGGAGCUCUUGGACUGCGUCUCGGCGGACCCAUUCCGGUCACCGUGCAAGAGCGGCUCUCCGGACGGCGCCCUCAACUGGAUCAAAUCCAAGGGCGGCCUGGUCACCGCCGCCAAGUACCCGUACGUGGCCGCGCGAGGGAAGUGCACCACGCCAGCCGGCGCCCGCCGCAUCGGAAAGGUCACUGGCGUCCGUUUCGUGGAGCUGAUGAGCGAGCCGGCGCUGGCGGUGGCCGUGCUACAGACGCCGGUGGCCGUGCGGAUCGAUGCGAGCGGGGCUGUCAUACAGAAAUAUAUACCAUGA